AUGAAGGCCAUCUCAGCUCUCACUAUGGCUCUGCUGAUUGUGGGGGUGCAUGCCAGACCUUCUCCCCAACUCAAACAUCUAAAGGUAAGUGUUGGUCCACUUAUCUAGAAAUGCUAUUUGUUAUAUGUACAUAUAUCAUAUACCUGUCUCAUGUAUAAAUAUUAUCUGACUGUGAUAUUAUUCGUUACCAGCACCAUUAUGUUACACAAUACAGAUUCUAUAAAAGAUUAGAUUAUGGACAAUUCUGAAUAGCCUUCCAGUGGGAGCAGUAACAGUGAUAUAGAAAGGGUAGUAGAUACAAGAAAUAGCCUUCCAGUGGGAGCAGUAACAGUGAUAUAGAAAGGGUAGAAGACCAGUGGGAGCAGUAACAGUGAUAUAGAAAGGGUAGUAGAUACAAGAAAUAGCCUUCCAGUGGGAGCAGUAACAGUGAUAGAGAAAGGGUAGUAGAUACCUGGAAUAGCCCUCCAGUGGGAGCAGUAACAGUGAUAUAGAAAGGGUAGUAGAUACCUGGAAUAGCCCUCCAGUGGGAGCAGUAACAGUGAUAUAGAAAGGGUAGUAGAUACAUGGAAUAGCCUUCCAGUGGGAGCAGUAACAGUGAUAUAGAAAGGGUAGUAGAUUCCUGGAAUAGCCUUCCAGUGGGAGCAGUAACAGUGAUAUAGAAAGGGUAGUAGAUACAAGAAAUAGUCUUCCAGUGGGAGCAGUAACAGUGAUAUAGAAAGGGUAGUAGAUACCUGGAAUAGCCUUCCAGUGGGAGCAAUAACAGUGAUAUAGAAAGGGUAGUAGAUACCUGGAAUAGCCUUCCAGUGGGAGCAGUAACAGUGAUAUAGAAAGGGUAGUAGAUACCUGGAAUAGCCUUCCAGUGGGAGCAGUAACAGUGAUAUAGAAAGGGUAGUAGAUACCUGGAAUAGCCUUCCAGUGGGAGCAGUACCAGUGAUAUAGAAAGGGUAGUAGAUACCUGAAAUAGCCUUCCAGUGGGAGCAGUAACAGUGAUAUAGAAAGGGUAGUAGAUACCUGCAAUAGCCUUCCAGUGUGAGCAGUAACAGUGAUAUAGAAAGGGUAGUAGGUACCAGGAAUAGCCUUCCAGUGGGAGCAGUAACAGUGAUAUAGAAAGGGUAGUAGAUACCUGGAAUAGCCUUCCAGUGGGAGCAGUAACAGUGAUAUAGAAAGGGUAGUAGAUACCUGGAAUAGCCUUCCAGUGGGAGCAGUAACAGUGAUAUAGAAAGGGUAGAAGAUACCUGGAAUAGCCUUCCAGUGGAAGCAGUAACAGUGAUAUAGAAAGGGUAGUAGAUACCUGGAAUAGCCUUCCAGUGGAAGCAGUAACAUUGUUAUAGAAAGGGUAGUAGGUACCUUGAAUAGCCUUCCAGUGGAAGCAGUAACAGCGAUAUAGAAAGGGUAGUAGAUACCUGGAAUAGCCUUCCAGAGGGAGCAGUAACAGCGAUAUAGAAAGGGUAGUAGAUACUUGCAAUAGCCUUCCAGUGGGAGCAGUAACAGUGAUAUAGAAAGGGUAGUAGAUACCUGGAAUAGCCUUCCAGAGGGAGCAGUAACAGUGAUAUAGAAAGGGUAGUAGAUACUUGCAAUAGCCUUCCAGUGGGAGCGGUAACAGUGAUACAGAAAGGGUAGUAGAUACCUGGAAUAGUUGUCCAGUGGGAGCAGUAACAGUGAUAUAGAAAGGGUAGGAGAUACCUGGAAUAGCCUUUCAGUGGGAGCAGUAACAGUGAUAUAGAAAGGGUAGUAGAUACCUGGAAUAGCCUUCCAGUGGGAGCAGUAACAGUGAUAUAGGAAGGGUAGUAGAUAACGGGAAUAGCCUUCCAGUGGGAGCAGUAACGGUGAUAUAGAAAGGGUAGUAGAUACCUGGAAUAGCCUUCCAGUGGGAGCAGUAACAGUGAUACAGAAAGGGUAGUAGAUACCUGGAAUAGCCUUCCACUGGGAGCAGUAACAGUGAUAUAGAAAGGGUAGUAGAUACCUGGAAUAGCCUUCCAGUGGGAGCAGUAACAGUGAUAUAGAAAGGGUAGUAGAUACCUGGAAUAGCCUUCCAGUGGGAGCAGUAACAGUGAUAUAGAAAGGGUAGUAGAUACCUGGAAUAGCCUUCCAGUGGGAGCAGUAACAGCGAUACAGAAAGAGUAGUAGAUACCUGGAAUAGCCUUCCACUGGGAGCAAUAACAGUGAUAGGUAGUAGAUACCUGGAAUAGCCAUCCAGUGGGAGUAGUAACAGCGAUAUAGAAAAGGUAGUAGAUACCUGGAAUAGCCUUCCAGUGGGAGCAGUAACAGCGAUAUAGAAAGAGUAGUAGAUACCUGGAAUAGCCUUCCAGUGGGAGCAGUAACAGCGAUAUAGAAAGGGUAGUAGAUACUUGCAAUAGCCUUCCAGUGGGAGCAGUAACAGUGAUAUAGAAAGGGUAGUAGAUACCUGGAAUAGCCUUCCAGUGGGAUCGGUAACAGUGAUAUAGAAAGGGUAGUCGAUACCUGGAAUAGCCUUCCAGUGGGAGCAAUAACAGUGAUAUAGAAAGGGUAGUAGUUACCUGGAAUCGCCAUCUACUACCCUUUCUAUAUCACUGUUACUGCUCCCACUGGAAGGCUAUUCCAGGUAUCUACUACCCUUUCUAUAUCACUGUUACUGUUCCCACUGGAAGGCUAUUCCAGGUAUCUACUACCCUUUCUAUAUCACUGUUACUGCUCCCACUGGAAGGCUAUUCCAGGUAUCUACUACCCUUUCUAUAUCCCUGUUAGUGCUCCAACUGGAAAGCUAUUCCAGAUAUCUACUACUCUUCCUAUAUCACUGUCAGCCUUUACUGCUCCCACACUAUUGGGUUUAUUCACAAGAGAAGAGAUAAUUGACACGUAUUCAAGGUGAAUUUUAAAUUUAAGGCCAAAGUAGUCAAACUGUAGUCUGUAGCUGAAAGAGAAUUUUUCAGUUUCUGCUAUUUUAACCUUCUAUUUAAAAUUCACUUUAGUAAAUAAGCCGAUACUUUCACUGACUAUAAUAGUAUCCGCUAUUUGAAUGUAACGAGACAGUCUCUUUUCUUCUGUGACAGUCUCUAGCAGACCUCCUCUCCCACGACCUGUCUUCCUCGGAGGAAUUGCUUCUCUUGGAGAGUAUGGAAGACUUGGGGGUUGUUCCCUCUGGCCCCCGUACUCGGGAUACCCCUCUCCCAGCAGAUUCUGCCCAGAUACCCCAUGGCCGAGCCUGGCAACGCCUCUUCAGCGAUUUCAUAAGCAACCAGAAAAAGUUCCGGGGGCGCACAAAGAAAUCGGGGAGCUCGCGGGGUUGCUUUGGGAUGAAGUUGGAACGAAUCGGUUCUAUGAGUGGUCUUGGAUGCUGA